CGAUGUAAUAUUUUACUACCUUCGGAAGAAAUCGAAGAUGCAAUUGAGCAAUCAGUAUCGAUACACAACGACAAACUGCAUUUUCAAAAUUUACAUCGAAUAUGCACACACACGCUACUAUCAUAUUCCACCUGACAUUUCUACCCAAGAAGAUAUGGCAAGAGCCACUGUUAUAGCUCAUCACGAGAGAUCUGUGAAGAACAUAAUAAGAGGUUUCUCAAUACCAGUCGGGUUGCCCUGGCAUUUGGUAGAUGAGGUAUACAUUCCAGUAAACUACGACAGGGAUUUUCAUUGGGUUCUUGCGGUAGUUGUGUUGAAAAAGAGGUUGAUACGUGUGUAUGAUUCAUCGCCUAGACGAAGAAGUAGCAACCUUUCCCUAGAGAUCCAAAAAAUAGCAGCAAUGCUACCAACAUACCUGCAAGACAGUGGUUUCUUUGACAACAACGAACGUACUGAUUGGUCGUCUCUUGAUUCAUACAAGGACAAAUCAAUCGGUAACAUGCUUGAACCACAUCACCUAUUUGCAGUUGAAUAUGUUGAAGGAAUUGCGCAACAGGGAAGUGACAGCUUGGAUUGUGGAGUUUUCCUGGCCAUUUUUGCUGAAUAUCUUAGUGAUGGAAUUUCUAUUCCAAAUACUGGACUAAACGUCGAAUUCUUCCGUUCAAGAUAUGCCACACUCUUGUGGAGAUAUGGUUGUCAAAAGGCCAUGGAUGGUUAUGUUAGCGAUAACGACGAUCCAAAAAAACCUAGGAGAGAUAUCUCUCCAAGCCAAGGAGAACUGAUUGAUGUCCAAUAGUUAUUUUUGUGAUAGUAAACAUUUUAAAUGUAUCUGCUACUUUUAAUGUAUCUGAUACAUUAACUGUAAUGUAUCAGAAUUAGUAAGCAAC